AACCACACCUCUCUUUACUAGUACUACUCACCAUGUCCGCCCAGAGCAUAGCUCGAUGGAACGCAAUUCCAAUGUAUCGGCCUGAUACAGACAAGCAAGAACAAGUACAAUCUGUACAAAACCAAACUAUUUCCAUGAAGCGCUCUCACCAAGGUAUUGAUGAUGGUGACGAUGACGACGAUGUCUCGCUCGUCUCAAGAUCGCCCUCGCCUGCACCCGAUGCAAUGGACAUUGAAAAAUACGACGAAUAUGUCCGCGGUCCAGAAAGGGAGGUCAUCACCGUCGAGACCAAGAUCAAAAGCACCAACAAGGGCUUUGCAAUGCUCGCAAAAUUCGGUUGGUUAGAGGGUCAGCCUUUGGGACUAUCUGCAGACGCUCGCGUCGAUCCCAUACCAUUUCAUGUAAAAAAUGAUUUGACUGGACUUGGAAAGACGACUCAGGAUUUUCGAAUGAUCGAGACAACAGUUGCCGAAAGGCGCAAGUUGGACUCCGAGCGACAACGAAAAGAAACCGAAGAUCAACGAAAAGCACGAGAGGACAAUGCUGCCCGUCGGGCUGCACUCAAAUCGGAAAUUACGGAUACGCUCAAAGCGUUCUACUGCUCGCUCUGUGAGAAGCAAUUCCAAAAUGUCGCACAGUAUGACGAGCAUACAAACUCGUACGCACAUCACCACAAGGCGCGCCUCCGCGAUAUGCAAGCCAAUACACGUAUAACAUCCCAGGAAGACGUCGAUAAACGGAAGGAGAAGGAGCGCAAGCGAGAAGAAAAGGAACUUCGCAAAAUUGCCAAGGCUGCUGGGAUCAAGAUGGCAAAGCCUCCAAUUGCACCAACUACCGUGGCUCCACCGGCACCUGCUGCAGAGGCAUCACUUCCCUCUGAGGCGCAAUCAAACAGCUUCAAGAAAGCUGGCUGGGCAACCGUUUCAACAGCAGUUGAGCCUGCCACUGGUUUCAAACGGUCAGGUUGGGCAUCAAUGGAUUCUGGUGCAUCCUCUGCGCCUUCCGCACCACUGCCACCGCCCCCACCACCGCUAGUGUCUAGUCCGCCUCCAGCUGCUCGCAGCGCAGCGGGUGCUUCACCAAUUUUCCGUACCGGUGGCUGGACAUCUCUUGACGUCGGCAGCUCUCAGUCAGUCACUUCGCCUCUCAUGAACACUGCACCCCCACCGCCACCCAAUGUAGCCCCGCCUCCACCCCCAGGUCCUCCUAUGAAUGCACCCCCUCCGGGAGGUCCGCCUCCAUUCCCGCCAGCAAAUGCGCGUCCACCUAGUGUACCACUUCCUCCGCCCAGUGCGCCACCUCCCUUUCCUCCUACAACAGGCGGCUGGGGAACUCUAUCAGAUUCUCGGAGAUGGGAUCAGAAUUUCACUUCGGCACCGAAGUUCUCCCAACCCCCUCCAGUGCCCCCGCCCAGUGCGCCACCUCCUACAACAGGUGGCUGGGGCUCUGCUGCGCUUGUAUCAGAUACUCGGAGAUGGGACCAAAGCUUCGCUCCUGCACCGACGUUCUCUCAACCUUCGCCUCCUGCGGCAGCUGCUCCGCCCACAGCCAGUCUAAAGGCUGCGGUUCCCCAGCUUGCUGCUCCUCAAGCAAAAACAGGUUGGCAGCAAUGGAAGCAAGGCACUGGGUCGAAACGCAGAUAGACUACAUGUUUAUAUAUUACAUACAUCUGAUUAUGCUUUCGUUGCUCUAUGUGGCCUGAUAACAAUAUUUGAGCAGACUUGGUCUGCA